UUAAGUACUGUUCACAGUGGUGCAACGUUUUAGCUUGUCUGUAAAAAUCCUUGCAUAUACAAAUUACAUUAUUUAACUUCCAUUUUAGGUCCAAAUUGGUUGUCAAACAGACCAUCUUCAGCAUGAAGAGUUGAAGAGAGCACCCAAAGUUCAUGAGCGAUUUUCCGUUGCCACGGGGAUGUUGCUGGUGUGGAACUUGUGGGGGGGUCUGGUCUACUUGGUGGCCCCACCGAAAACCCAAGUCGGGGGCCUGGAGGUCACAGUGCAGAUAGCUGUGCCAGCGCCUUAUUAUAAAUCUGGUGCCACAACACUAGCCGAUUGGUCUCUGCGGCGCACAGCUCCUUCCCCCUGGGCCGAGUUGGAGUUUGAGAACAUUAUCCUCACUGUACCCUCAGAUGUCAUACGGACGCUAGAUCGGCCAGAUUUGUUGGCGGCGUUCUGGGACACCAUCAUGAGAAGCAUUGCUGACCUGGCUGCAAAACCACACACAUAUGCCCGUAAAGAACGCUUUGUCGCAGAUGUGCAGAUUUCUCAUGGGUGGAUGCAUGCAGGAUACCCAAUUAUGAUGCACAAGGCUUCAGCAGCUAAUCUGGUCAAUAUUGAGCAUGCCAAGAGCAAAGGUGUGUGGGGGUCAGUUCACGAGCUUGGACACAAUCAGCAGAGAGCAUGCUGGGAGUUCCGACCACACACCACAGAGUGCACAUGCAACCUUUGGUCAGUGUAUGUGCAUGAAAUGGUGUUAGGGAUCAACAGGGCAAAGGCUCACAGCGCAAUCACUCCAGACAAAAGAAAAAAUCGAUUGCAGGAAUUUGUAAAAGAGGGCAAGCCACUAGGCAAGUGGGAGGUGUGGGUGGCUCUGGAAACAUACUUACAGCUCCAGGAAAGAUUUGGUUGGGGUGCUUUCAAGAGCGUGUUUGCUGCAUACCACACCAUGAACAACUUUCCAAAGGACAACAACGGAAAGAUGAACCUCUAUGCAGAGACCUUCUCGCAGACGGUGAAAAUGAACCUCUCUGGGUUCUUUAAGGCCUGGAGCUGGCCUAUAGAGAGAGCUACUGAGGAGAAACUAUCCCAACUUCCUCCCUGGACUGACCACCCCAUGGUCAAGCAUGGCUAAACGUUUGACUGGUGUUGAUUUGAGUGCGGGAAUCUGUUAGAAUCGCUGCUUCGAGUCCAUUUGUUUUAUUAUUGGGGUUAACGUAAUUUAAACUACUCUUGGAACGGUGUUCCUCCCAAACAGCUUCUCAGAGUUGUAAGUUUUUCUUUUAUAUGGGUAAAACAAUGACUCUUAUGGUUAUGAAUAAGGUGGUAUGGUAUGGUAAUAAUGACAUAUGUAACACUGACGGCAGUGAUUUUACUGCACGCAAACAAGUGACGCUAAUAACCUUGAGGAAGGGAACAAUAAAUAUUAACACACAAAAUACAUCA